AUGGAUCGAGACUCAUCUGAUACUAACGCCAAACUGCUGGCAGUAGAGGUGAACGACUUGGAGCAUGGUACACUCUGCAGCCGCUGUGAGAAGUCCAUCACGAGAGAAGCCGGAAGAGGUUUCUCAUACAUGAAGCUGUUCUUGGUCUUUCUCCUGUGCCAGGUCACCAUAUUGGGGCUGAGCUUCCUUGCAUUCCAUGCCUUCCAGAAGAAUACUGAUGCCACGAUCCAAGACAUUGACCAGCAGGACUACUUUACUCUUGAGAGCUACAACUCCACCGAGAAGCUCUACGACAUUAUAGAUGCUGCUGAUAGAUCACCGGAAGCAGACGCAUUCUGGCACGAGCUUCAGAAGACCGACGGCAUAGUCGCGGUCCAUAGAGAAUGGGCGAAGGAAAAUGCCCUGCCUGACACAGUCUCUCACCCUGACGACCCGGCUUCCAAGAUCUACCAAAUCAACGUCUUUCACGCACUGCACUGCUUGUACCGCCUCAGAAACAGACUCACGUCAGACAUACCACUCGAGAAGUGGCCGCGCAACGACAUCCACACCAUGCACUGCGUAGACCACAUCCGGAACGACUUGAUGUGCCACUACGUCUCUUUCAAUUCGCACAGUCACAAUCAGAAGUGUAGAGACUUGGGGGCCCUACAAAGAUGGGCGAAACGACACAGCUGGACCGGGUAUAAGGAUUACCUGGAAGGCGUUGUUGGGUACGAUUUCAAUGAGGCGGAGCGGGUGAAUAUGGCUACGGCUGGGAAGGGGCAUUGGAAUAAGGCGCAGAGUACGCUCGAUAAGGAGACUGGGAAGAUUGAGCUUUGGUUUGAAGAGGAAUGA